AUGUUACCAAGGUAUCUCGGAAGAUUUGCUUCUCAGCGCGUGCUCAGACAACCCGUCUCGUGGGCGAGGUUUAUGAGCUCAGAAACGAGGGAGGCCAUCACGUCAGCCAUCAAAUCCGCACCAGUCGUGCUAUUCAUGAAGGGCACUCCUGAAUUCCCACAAUGUGGGUUUUCCAGGGCUACGGUUGGGAUGCUAGGCCAGCAGGGUGUAGACCCAUUGAAAUUCGCCGCCUACAAUGUUUUGGAAGACCCUGAGUUGCGCGAGGGGGUUAAAGAGAUUAGCGAGUGGCCCACGAUCCCUCAGCUCUACGUUAACCAAGAGUUUGUGGGUGGUUGUGAUAUUGUCAUGAGUAUGGCCCAAUCUGGUGAGCUCGCAAAACUACUGGAAGACGCCAAAGCCUUGGUGCCAGAGGAAGAAGAGGACUAA